ACACGCACACACGCUCACAUGUAAUUCCUCUCCUCCUGACAGUGACAGCUCUAUCUCUUCUUUCCCACCGUUUUGAAAGUUUUCAUUUCUCCUGAAAAAGACAGCUGCAAGUGGCCAUGUUGAUUUUAAAGCAGCUGGAUUAGUGCAUCUUCUGUUGUCAAAUUGCUGAAUUCAAUCUCUUGAAGUCCCAGGCAUGUAGAACUGUAUUGCAAUGUGCAGAAAAGGUUUACAUAACAAAGAGGCCUUAGUAUGAUGACAAAGAGUUGUGAGCUUUGUUGAACAAAUUAUCAGCCAAAAAUGCAUUGAGACUCACUCACAAUCUGAUUGCCGAUGCUGAUCUGUUUAAACCGUCUGAUAGCUGAGUUAAGCAAAUGGCAGAACGUCAAACUCAAGAAAUUCCUUCCAAGUUUCCUGAAUUUCUCCCAAGUAACAGCGAUUCAAGGUUUCCUUCAAAUGGGCGUCUUGAAGAUUAUUUUCGUGGGUUGGGCAAUCCUGGGUUUAAGAAGAGGGGGCAUGGACUUGGAAGUCGGUCUUGGGUAAAGAUUGAUCAAAAUGGGAAUUCAAAGAUUUUGGAAUUGGAUAAAGCUACUGUGAUGAGGCAUUGCUCUUUGCCAUCAAGGGAUCUUCGUCUGUUGGAUCCAAUGUUUAUCUAUCCUUCCAGCAUUCUGGGUCGAGAAAAGGCUAUCGUGGUUAAUCUUGAAAUGAUUAGGUGUAUAAUCACGGCUGAUGAGGUGAUACUGAUGAAUUCGUUGGAUGCAUCUGUAGUCCACUAUGUAUCAGAAUUGUGCAAACGCCUUCAAGCAAAUAAAGAUCAAGCUGAUGAUCUACCUUUUGAAUUCAAGGCCUUGGAGCUGGCUUUGGAAUUGACAUGCAUGUCUCUUGAUGCUCAGGCGAAAGAAUUGGAGGUGGAGAUAUAUCCAGUCCUUGACGAAUUGGCCUCGUCUAUAAGCACUCUUAAUCUAGAACAUGUCCGCCGAUUGAAGGGCCACCUCCUUGCUUUAACUCAGCGAGUGCAGAAGGUGUGUGAUGAAAUAGAACAUCUCAUGGAUGAUGAUGGUGAUAUGGCCGAGAUGUACUUAACAGAGAAGAAACAGAGAAAGGAAGCGUACGCCAACAAUGAGCAGUAUGAUCAAACUACUUUUUUCACUGCUUCCAGAGUUGGAUCAAAAUCUGCUCCCGUUUCACCUGUGGGCUCAUGUAUUGGAGUACAAAAGUUACAGAGGGCUUUCAGCAGCAUCAGUUCAAGUAAACAUGGAAGCUUGGGAAGUUCAUCUAAUAGUGAAGAAAAUAUUGAUCAACUCGAAAUGUUGCUAGAGGCUUACUUUGUGUUCAUUGAUAAUACUCUGAACAAGUUGCUAUCGCUUAAAGAAUACAUUGAUGAUACUGAGGACUUCAUCACUAUAAAACUGGGGAAUGUUCAGAACCAGCUGAUAAAAUUUGAGUUACUUUUGACGGGGGCCACAUUUGUCGCAACAGUGUUUGCUGUGGUGACUGCUGUAUUUGGAAUGAAUUUUGAAGCAACAAUAUUUGACGUUCCUUCCGCAUUUAAUUGGGUUCUUAUUUUAAGCGGAAUACUCUGUGGGUCGUUAUAUUUUUCCUUCUUGUUAUAUGUUAGGCAUAAGAAAAUUCUUUCCGUAUGAUGUAUAUAGUGAUUAAGGGGGAAAAAAUUUAGGAAUGAAGGUUCAAUUAGAAAGGGCCGAAAGUUGUGAACUUUAGUGAGAUUUAAGGUCUAUCAUCCCUCUUUAAUUCAACUACAGGCUGCAUGUUUCUUCCCUC